GACUUCGCGACGCGUCUCGGACACCUCUCCACAGCCGCGAACCGCUGGACAAGCGCGCGCGCGCCGCCGCAGCACAGAAGCCACAAAUCACAAAGACCCAGCACCGCACAGACCAAUGGCCUCCGACGAAGCGCAACUAAGAGCGAUAGAUGAAGAGUUCAAGAAGGCGACGACGGACGACCAGCGCAACGCUUGCGCCCAGCGCGCCGCCGCCGUACUCGCAAGAGUGGAAGGAGACGUUUUCUCGUCGGCCGAUGAGGUCCGGGCCUCGCUCACAAAAACAUUAAGCAGGGAACUCGUGGGCACGAUGACCAUAGCAACACCAGCUCUAGCGGCGACGGCGAUCAAGGCCCACCUCCAGUCACCACCAGUCGUGUUGGACGGCGACGGAAGGGCUCUCGAAGCCCUAUGCGCGAAGGCGGAAGCCAUACCCCAGGACGCUACGUUAGCGAGGGCCGCCGCGGCGUGCUUUAAAGAUGAAGCGUUAGCGACCGGAGACGGGCGGUGUGCGGACGGCGCGGCGUUCGAAAGUAGAAGUGCCCUCGCGCAGUUAUUGUCCCUACAAACCAUGGCGCCCUUCGAUGCCUUCUGUAGUACUCAGGGUGAACGACCGCGCUUGCGCGACCCUUUUAGUGGUUCCGUGCCGCCGCAGAUCAAAUACUUCCGCGACGUGCCGCCUUCUGGUUUCCAGGGCCAAUGUUUACUGCUGAGAACGCGCCAGACCCGCGGCCUAGAUGCGUGCGUCGCCAUCGUCGAGAAGACGCUGAAGGCCAACAAGGGGGCUAAUAGGCCGGCCAUGCUCGCCUGGCUCGCGCGCGCGUUAGCAUUAGCAAAGCCUCUGUCUGAAAUAAAGAUCCAGCGCGACCGCGCCUUCCACCCGCGGCGCUGCGCGUCGCCGGCGUUCCUGUUAAAUACGGUCUCAUUGAUCCUGCGGCUCGCGGCGCCGCUCUGGACCAAAGGUUUAGCCUCAAAAGUCGACUGGCGCUACGCUUUGCGCCACGAGCGCGUCUCCUUCAAGGAGGAAGCUCCCUUAUUCUCAGGAGACGGCGCGGCGACCGUCGACGAAGAAGACAGUGAUGACGACGAGGACGCGAAGAUGUUGCGCCAGGCCCUCAAAAUGUCCAUGGGCCAGGCCGCGCCCCUCGGCUUCUUCCCUUCAGAUGUAGAAGAGUUCUCGUUUGUCACGGAGGUCUUCUUCCUGGCGCAUCGGGCCAUUUCUUCGUGUUUACUACCGCUCUGGUCCGAAAUGACGGAACAAAUACACUUGUUGUACGACCUGAGCGGGCCUCGAGGCCAGAAGCUGGACGAACCUAGCCAGAGGCGGAUCAAUCUCCACGGCGACGGCUGGGCGUGCGCGCUGGAAGAUCCGCGAUUAUUGGAGGACGCCGGGGCCUUUGCGACCUUCGCCGUCGAGUGGUUGCUCGACCAACUCAAAGCUCCGGACGCGCGCGAACGGGCCUCAAAACUGCCUGCAGCACUCGUGAAGGACGCCUGCGACCUGUGGACGCACUUAGCGAGGGCGGGAGCGAGAACGGGGAACGCUCAGGCGAGAAUGGGCGCCGGCGCCACCUUUGAUGCCAUGAAGGCGUCGCGAGCGGUCUUGGCCUGCUGCGAGCUCAUGCGGUCACCUUUGGUAGAAUCCCCAAUAGUACAGGCGAAGCUCGUCAGCUUCAUAAAAGAGCUGAUCCAGCCGAGACGAGCCUCGCCGCGCAAGAAGGCGAGGGACAUGCAGGGCGCUGUGUUAGAUUCGGAACGGGUCCGGAGGGAGCUCCCCCAAGCGCUCGCGCACCUGUACUGCGAGGUGCAGGCGGUCGUCGGCAUGGACGUAGAUGCUGCCGAUUCGUUCGACAAAUUCAGCAUUAGACAGGACCUGAAUCGGUUGUUACUCAUCUUCUGGCGCUACCCCCUCCAGGAGCCGAGGAAAGCACUACUGGCGUUCUUCGGCAAGAGCGACCUUGGCUUAGCUAUGUUAGAUACCAUAAUCUACUGCGGCGAGGACGCCCUGUCUUGCUUGGCUGGUGGCAAGUCGGUAGAAAAGGACGGGAAGCCCCCUACUUCCGGACGCAACAAGGCGUUCUGGGGCGGGCAGCAGCGGCAGUGUAGGGGGUUUCUGCCUAUUGCGGAAGUGACGCUGGAGCUGCUGGGCCAGUUCUGUUGCGAGAAUGAAGCGAGGAAAGCUCUACUAGGUUCCAAUGUGAAGCGGUGCGCCGCUCUCGUCAAGCUCUGUAGGGUAGGAACGAAAUCAGGUUUAGAUACAGUAUCAGUAGCCGCUCCGGACGAGUGGGGCUUCGACGCGGCUCGACUCCUGGAAAGGGUAGGUCACGUCAUCGAGCAAGCUAGACUGGUCCACGGCGACGACGCGUGGGCGGCGGCCGUCGACGACGUCCUCGACGGGGAUCGCUCUUCACUGGAAGAGGCCUCGUCCACACAAAGUAGUCUGGCGAACACGGUGGCCGCCCUGAAGAAGAGAACUGUGGAUGAUGUCAUAGACGCGCGACCGCUCGUCCAAAAGGCCAUCGGCGAGCCGUGCUCCGCUCAAACAUACGCUCAAGCACUGGCAGGCGAGCAGCUCGAAAUUGUGGACUCCUUAGGCGACCACGUCUUCGCCGCGAAGUCGAGCAAAGCCCCGAACGCCAAGGCCCUCCAGAAGGAGCUCAAAAAACUGCAACGCGACCUCCCGGAACCGAGUGUGGACGGUUCCGUCUUCGUCCGUUUUGAUGAACAACGGUUGGAUUUAUGUCGCUGUGUUAUUACGGGACCGGUCGACGCCUCCAAAACAGGAGGUAUAGAUACGCCCUACGCGUAUGGGUUCUUCACGUUCGACGUCUGGUUUCCGCCGACCUAUCCUUCCGUACCACCUCUGGUGGAAAUUGUUACUACCGGUGGAGGGACCUACCGCUUCAACCCGAACCUCUACGCGGACGGCAAGGUCUGCCUCAGUCUACUCGGGACGUGGAAGGCCUCGGACGAGUCCGAAAAAUGGGAUCCGUCGACCGGUUCGCUGCGCCAGAUCCUGCUGUCGAUCCAGCACCAGAUUUUAGUAAGUGAGCCCUACUUCAACGAGCCUGGAAGGGACGUGGCGCGCGGCACGUCUGCGGGCAAGAAGGCUUCGGCGGCGCACAACAAGGAGUUGAGGAACGCGACGCUGAGGUAUGCUGUUGCCGAUCAAUUAUCCUCACCUCCAAUGGGACUGGAGGAGGUCUGCGAGCAGCACUUCGGGCUGGUGGCGCCGGACUUGCUGAAGCGGACGGCUCAGGACCUGGCCGCUGCCGAGCCGGCGGCGCACCGGGCUUUGCAUCGCGCCGCGGCGGCGCUGGCCGAGCGCGCUUCCCAGCCGCCGGCGAAGCGCCGCAAGAGCAGCGAGUCCGACUAGUGUUCCCCUUUCCCCCCAUAACUUGUGUUCGAUG